ACCCCGUUGCCAACUUGUGACGUCACAAAGCGCCUGGGAAAUCCCCUACGGAAGCGGAAGCAGUAUUUCACGCAUGUCUAACAUUGAUACCAUGGCGGAGGGAAGUUUCAAGUACGAUCCAGAUAAAAAUUAUGAUGAAGAAACACUGGCACAACAAAGAAAUAUUGAAAAAGAGAUCACAGACAGUCAGUCGCUGGUCAGUAGACAGCUGAGUGUGGAGGAACUUAUCGAAGAGUAUGCCAAAGAAGAUGCGGUUUACCGCAAGAAGUUGGAUGAUUUGCGGUCAAGGUACAAAAAGGUGAGAAAGACUCGAGGGGAUGGAAACUGCUUUUUCCGGGCAUUUGGUUUUUCCUACCUGGAGAAGCUUCUUGCAGACGAUACAGACAUGCCAAGGUUCAAGGAGAUAGCUAGCAAGAGUAAAGACGAAUUAGUCACUCUGGGCUUUCCACAAUUUACCAUUGAAGAUUUUCAUGAAACAUUUAUGGACAUCAUAACACAGGUAGAGAGCAAAUGUCCACUACCUGAACUUGCGACCUCCUUCAAUGACCAGGGUCUGUCAGACUACUUUGUUGUAUAUUUAAGGCUACUGGUGUCAGGGCAUCUUCAGAAGGAAAGUGACUUCUUUAUCAACUUCAUUGAAGGUGGCCGAACUGUGAAAGAAUUCUGCGGCCAGGAAGUGGAACCAAUGGGAAAGGAAAGUGACCAUAUCCAUAUCAUAGCCUUGACCUCUGCCCUUGGAGUUGGGGUCAGGGUCGAGUACAUGGAUCGCAACGAGGGACCAACUUGCAAUCAUCAUGAUUUCCCAGAAGGCAGCAGGCCUUCCAUACAUCUGCUAUAUCGACCAGGACAUUACGAUAUCUUGUACCCCUAAUGUUGAGAUGCAUGGAAGGAUUGGACUCUGUGAGAUUUACCCGGUGUCAGUUCUCAGUCGACUGAAACCUGACUGAAAAUCAUCUGGUGUCACAGGAUAUAUUUUCAAGACAACCUUGUGUAAUGACAACAAAAUGUUUAUAACAUAUUAUCGGAUAAACAUUUUGUUUUAGAAGUUAACUAUUGCUCUAUUAUUUAUGUACAAAUGGCUGGAAUAAAUGUGGCAACUGUUGUAUCAUUUGCUGAACUGGUCCUUAUCAUACAAGAGUCUGUGACGAAUUCUUCCUUCUGUUGCUCAUCUAUGGUCUAGAGGUGAGUGGAAAUGUUUGCCAUGAACUUUAGAUGAAGUUAAGACAUGAUAAUUAUUAUUCUGUGUUAAAUUGGGAAGUUUGGUCUACCAAAUCGGGUACCACUAAUAUAUUGUCUGUUUGUACUGGGUAAGAAACAUUGUAUAAUCAAACAGUCCCUGUUUAGUUGGCAGAGACAUCUCUAAGUUUAAAUGUUGAAUGUAUAUUUAAGGCCUUAAUAAAUCAGUUGUGAGAUUUUCA